AAAGAGCAAAAAAGUCCUCCAUUCUAACAAACACACACACGCCUACUUUUGACGCCACGCACACACACGCGUGACGCCCCCUUCAUCCAGCUCGCUGUGGUCAGAGAGAGCAACUCACGCCAGUGUCGUAUCCUCCUUCGAGUUCGAGCAGGAGCGCUGUUUUCCCAGCUCAGUUCACUUCAGUUCUCCAGCGCAGCCACCGGCUCACCAGCCCAAGUUUACGCACAGGGAUGCGGGCGCGUGGAGCCGCCUGAAAAUGGCUCUCUUUAGGAUUUACUCUUUCCUUGCUUCUUUUCACAUAUUAGUGUUAUGUCAAGCCUUGAGGAAUUAUCCCGAUAAUGAAGUUACCUUGCUUGACUCUAUGUCCGCCCCAGGAGAUCUGGGUUGGGAAGCGUAUCCACCAGAGGGGUGGGAGGAGAUCAGUGUUAUGGACGAGAGGAACAUACCUAUGAGGACGUACCAGGUGUGCAACGUAAUGGAAGCCAGUCAGAACAACUGGUUGCGCACUGGACUGAUCCAGCGAGAGGGCGCUCAACGUGUCUAUGUGGAGAUCAAAUUCACUUUGCGUGACUGCAACAGCCUUCCGGGCGUCCCUGGAACCUGUAAGGAGACGUUUAACGUAUACUACCAUGAAUCCAACAAUGCCGUCGCAGCGCCUUUGCGCCACAUUCGCGAGAGCCAGUAUGUCAAGAUCGACACUAUAGCGGCCGACGAGAGCUUCACGCAGACGGACGUUGGGGAUCGUGUCAUGAAGCUGAAUACAGAAGUGCGAGACAUCAGUGGUCUCAGUAAGAGAGGCUUGUACCUGGCGUUUCAAGACCUGGGUGCUUGCAUUGCUUUGGUGUCGGUGAGAGUCUUUUAUAAGAGAUGUCCGCUGGCGGUGCUCAAUCUGGCCCGGUUCCCGGACACUGUGACGGGUGGCGAUUCAGCGCUGGUGGAAGUGCGUGGCACUUGUGUGGAGGAUGCGGAAGAGCUGGAGGCACCACGGAUGUUUUGCAGUGCUGAUGGAGGUUGGCUGGUGCCCAUUGGCCGCUGUGUGUGCCGGCCAGGCUUCGAGGAGGUAGAUGGACACUGCCAACCUUGUCGUUCAGGCUUUUACAAGGCCUCUGCCAUGGAUGCGUACUGCGUGAAGUGCCCCCCACACAGCUACUCCCACCAGGACAAAGCCUCCGAGUGUGUGUGUGAGAGAGGCUUCUACAGGGCGGAAUCGGACCCUCGCUCCAUGGCGUGCACAAGACCCCCCUCGGCGCCCGGCAACCCUAUUUCAAUGGUGAACGAGACGGCGGUCACUUUAGAAUGGAGUCCUCCUCGUGACAGUGGCGGACGUGGAGAUGUUACCUAUAGCGUCCACUGCAGGAAGUGUUCGGGAGAAACAGGGGCUGCUGGAGACAGUGAGAAGUGUGUUCCCUGCGGCAGCGGUCCACAUUUUAACCCCAGGCAGUUUGGCUUGACACACCCCAGGGUUCUGGUCACAGAACUGCAGCCUCACACCAAUUACACCUUCAGCAUAGAAGCUCUGAACGGAGUCUCAGAUCUCAGCCCCAGUCCACGCCAACUGGUGUCCGUCAAUGUCACCACCAGCCAGACAGUGAGCGUCAUCUUAAAGGAAAGGAAGGGCACCGACAGCGUAACGCUGGCAUGGCAGGGUCCAGAACCUGCCGACGGGACCGUGGUGGAAUAUGAAGUCACCUAUUAUGAAAAGAACCAGCAGGAUCAGAACUACACUGUCCUGAAGACCAAAUCCAACAGCAUGACGGUGGAUGGACUCAAGCCAGGAACCACAUACAUCUUCCGGGUUCGAGCACGUACGGAUGGUGGCUAUGGGAACUACAGGGGAGAGAUUGAGUUGGAGACAAGCCAUGAAGAUAUGCUGGCAGUUGGAGAUCCCAACCAACAAACCAUACUGGCCAUCUCGGUGGCUGGAGGUGCAGUGCUUCUGGUCUUGCUGGUGGCAUGUUUUGUUGUGAGCGGACGGCGCUGUGGAUAUAUUAAAGCAAAGCAAGACCCUGAGGAAGAGAAAAUGCAGUUUCAGCAUGGACGAGUCAAACUUCCCGAAACCCGCACGUACAUUCACCCUCACACGUACGAGGACCCGAACCAGGCGGUGCGAGACUUCGCCAAAGAAAUCGAAGUUUCCAACAUCCGAAUUGAGAGAGUUAUUGGGGCUGGUGAGUUCGGAGAGGUUUGUAGUGGGCGUCUGAGGCUGCCCAGUAAAAGGGAGAUCCAGGUGGCCAUCAAGAGUCUUAAAGCCGGAUACUCUGAACAGCAAAGACGUGACUUUCUGAGUGAAGCCAGCAUCAUGGGCCAGUUCGACCAUCCCAACAUCAUUCGACUGGAGGGAGUCGUCACCAGAUGUAAGCCUGUGAUGAUAGUGACAGAGUACAUGGAAAAUGGAUCUCUGGACACUUUUUUGAAGAAACACGACGGGCAGUUCACGGUGAUCCAGCUGGUGGGAAUGAUGCGUGGGAUAGCCGCGGGGAUGCAGUACCUCUCAGAGAUGAACUACGUGCACCGGGAUUUGGCAGCACGGAACAUUCUGGUGAACGGAAACCUGGUGUGUAAAGUGUCUGACUUCGGGCUGUCGCGCGUGCUAGAGGACGAUCCAGAGGCGGCGUAUACUACACGGGGGGGUAAGAUUCCCAUUCGAUGGACAGCCCCUGAGGCUAUCACCUACAGGAAAUUCACAUCAGCCAGUGAUGUGUGGAGUUACGGCAUUGUCAUGUGGGAAGUGAUAUCCUACGGGGAACGACCAUACUGGGAAAUGUCCAAUCAGGAUGUGAUAAAAGCUAUAGAUGAAGGCUACAGGCUACCGGCUCCAAUGGACUGUCCGGUGGUGCUUCACCAGCUCAUGCUAGACUGCUGGGAAAAGAACCGCAGCGAUCGGCCCAAAUUUGGGCAGAUUGUCAACACCCUGGACAGGCUGAUACGGAACCCAAGCAGCCUGAAGCAGCUGGCCAACACUGCAGUCUGGGAGGACCCAGUGACUCCUGAUGCUGGGGUCAGCACAGUGGAAGACUGGCUGGACUUGAUUAAAAUGGGUCAGUACAAAGAACACUUCUCUAGCGCCGGCUACGUCACCCUGGACUCGGUUCUGUACGUCAGCAGCAGUGAGCUGGAUAAGAUGGGCGUAGCACUGGCAGGCCAUCAGAAAAAGAUUCUGUCUAGUAUCCAGUGUCUUCAGGCACAGCAUGGGUCUCAAGUUCAGGUAUAGCGCCUCACCUCAACGGCCUCGACCUGUUCCGCUUCCACCGAAGAGGAGAUUGGGAGCGUUCUUGCCACAUGGAAGCGUCUUGCUGCAAAAUGACUCUGUUUUAUCUCUCUACCAGCACUGAAGUUCCUCAGCCCUACAGAAGAAUGGGCGAGUACCUUCCCUUUUGUGAUCAGCAUCCAGAAAUCUUCUAAAGCACUAGAUUGCUCUGGAUGCUCAAAGAUUGUGGACUUUAAAAGUGGAUAUUAAUCGAUCCAAGUGAAGUAAGGACAAGAAUCAACACCAUGUGACAUCACAGCACUGUGAACAUCACGCUCCACUCCUCAUUGUACAGAAGAAAGACCUUGAGAAGAAACACCGAUUGUGUCUUGUGAAUCUUUUAACUGUUUUGCGAGCGAUACAAGUAUGAUUUUCUUCAGUAAGAGACUUAACGUGAACUGCGAGGAUGAGAAAACCUUCAGCGAGAUGUCCUUGAAAACUUGUGUAUGUGGAAAUAGUUUAGAAACGUUCAGCGAGAGACAGCUCGCCUUUAGAAGCACUGAUCUCUCUUUCACACAUACGCAUUUAAACGGUACAUAGAAGGGCCGCUCCUUGACCCCAGAUGCCUCUCCGGCCUGCUCCCGUCAAGCCCUCAGCAGCGUCUUUGGAAUAUGUCAAUUCCACCGUGGAGAUCCCAGAGUUUGGAGAGCCCACGCUUGUCACUUUUGACAAGUUCUGACAUCCGAUGUGCAGCAACAGAGAAACGAGAGACGGUUAAGGAAUGAAAAGCAAUUGUUGCUUCAGAGGCAGGAGAGCGUGACGAUGUCACGAAGAGGGCAGAUGUCGUCCUUCCUUCACACUGGCAGCAACUUUCGGACACGUUUAUGUGGAGCCACUCCAUUUGAUGUGGCUUUUCUUCUAAUUUCAUUGCAUAUUUAAAGUAUUUCGCAUCAUUACAUGCGUUUCACCACGAACCUGAGCCGCUACGGGCGUCUCUGUUGGAAGGAGAUAUGUGUUGAGCAUUUAACGAGGGAGACUUUAUCCCUAAAUCGUCUUGGUGUUGAUGGAGCUGCACUCGGUGGACUGUUGAAUCUAUAUUUGUGUUGGACCCCUUUUAGCAUAGCGCUCUGAUGGUUACCGAGCACUAGGUACCUUCAGAUUACAUUUCCAUAUGAUCUGAUAACAAAAUGGUGGAGCUUAAACAUUUUAGUAUACAAUUUCCAUGCACCAUGUUCACAAUCCCGUGUAGAAAGUUGUCCGCAACAGAUGCUGGUUCGUCCUCCAUUUGCUGGUUUCUCGCCCCAUGUUUCUUGGCAGUGCUUUGUUUUGCACUUGGAAAUGGUGUGAUUGAAGAAGAAAAGAUUGUAUUGCAGUAGAAAUUGAGACAUUGUACAGUGUUGGUUAUUGUAUUUGUACAGUAAUGACUUAGUGUUUUGAAGGAUUUUGUCAGUUGUAAAUUAAGGCAAGGUGGUAACUCUUAUUUUAACCUUCAACUCUAGCUUUGAACAGACAAGGAUUGUGUGGCUGUAGAAUGUAAUGGAUAAUUUAGCUUUAUGGUGUUGGGGAAAGCUAAGCAUUCUCAGGAUUGUUUUUUUGUCACUGAUACACGAUUCAAAAUGGCAGCAGAUCAGACAGAACAGCCUACUUAGUUCUGUCGUCUACGGAUUCACUUCCUGUUAGAUGCCUUUCAGUUUCAGUGUUCUUAUUUAUGUUUUGUCAUCAUAGUCCUUUAUUUACAUGCUGCAAAAAAAAAAAAACGUUUUCUUUCAGUA